AUGGUCCCGCUGCUGGUGCUGCUCGCAGCACUCAGCGGGCUGCAGGCCGACUCCAGGGGAAUAGCAUCCCCAACAGCUGUGGACCAAAUCCUGCCUGGUCCCCGGCUGCCUUUCACCUGCUCCCCCGGAAAUGGCGCAUUACACCCACACUGUAUGCCCCUUCCUGGAAUCUGUCUUCAUUCUUCUGGCCUGUGCCUUCUUAUUUCCAAGCCUUUUUACAAACCUCCUGAAGUUUGGUACUUGGUGUUAACUUUAUUAAGCUGUGGAAUUGCAAAUGUAGAUACACAUAAAAUCUACCUGCAGAUCACAGUUCCUGAGAAGAUUGUAUCACCAGCUGCAAAAAGACAUCCAGAAUAUAAUCCAGACAAUAAUCUCGCUUAUAUUAUUACAAUAGCAGGGAAACCAUAUUUUAUCCAUCUCAAAAAGCAAUCAUUUUUAUCUCCAACUGCUACUGUUUAUUAUUAUGACCAAGAGAACACCAAACAAUCCCAGACUUUGUUAGGUCAGGUGAAUUGCAAUUAUAAUGGAUACAUUGCAGGUUUUCCAGAUUCCCUUGUGACACUCAACGGAAGCAGACCUUCCAAGUUAUUCCCUCGAUCACUUCAAAUCAAUAUUGUGGUGGAAAAAAACCUGGUGAAUCUUGUAGUCAAAAAGAUGGCCCAACUUGUGUUUGUUGCACGAAGGCUUCAAUCCAUGCAUUUUGUUACUGGAGCCCUGGUGGAUGGAGUUCGAUGGAAGCAUCGAUUAGAUAGUUUUGACUACAUGGGCUCUGACAGAAAAGCUGUAACACAGAAGGUUAUUCAGAUCAUUGGCCUUGCAAACACUAUGUUUGCCCAGUUAAGACUAAGUGUUGUAAUAAAUUCCAUUGAAAUCUGGUCAAAUAAUAAUGCGAUCCCAACUGAAGGGCGAGUUGAUCUUAUGUUACUUGAUUUUUUAAAAUGGAAUCAUGAUCAUCUUGACUCUCCAAUACAUCAGUUAUCAUACUUACUUGUUUUUCAGAAAAAUCCUACUCAAUCAGGUGCUGCAUUUCCAGGAAAAUUAUGUGAUGAGAAUUAUGACGUAGGAAUUGCUGUGUACCCGGAAGGGUUCUCCUUAGAGUCAUACACCAUCAUUUUCGUGCAAGUAAUGAGCCUUGGUCUCGGGUUAACUUUGGAUACAUCCCCGGCCUGCUAUUGUCCAAGAGGUGUUUGUACAAUGAUGCCCAAAGCAGUGAACUAUGGAGGUGUCAAGGAGUUCAGCACGUGUAACUUGGAAGAGUUCAAAUACUUGGCAUCGCAGAACCUUUUGCCGUGUCUUGAGAAACACCUUGCUGAACGUCAGAGUCCAGAUGCGAGUGGACAAUGUGGCAAUGGGGUGUUGGAUGGCAAUGAGCAAUGUGACUGCGGCCCAGUGACGGCUUUCUGUGGGAGGGGCCAACUUGAUAUGAACAGGGAGCCUACACUCCAGUUGCCUUACUAUGGACAAAAUGAAAAUAUGAGGAUUUCUAACAACUUCACAUCAAAAACCCUAUCAACGUACCCUGCCACCAUUACUCUUAUAGACUCCCACAGCAGAGGCCACGGAAGCACCCACAGACCUCCACCAACACCGACCACAUCUAAACCAACAGCUGCACAAAGCACAAACUGUUCACAUACAAGCUGCUGUAAUCCUGAAACUUGUACCUUAAAACCUACAGCAAAAUGUGGCUCUGGAGAAUGCUGCACGCAAGAUUGCAAGCUACAAUCAGUUAAUAUGCUUUGUCGGAAAUCAGUUGACCCAGAGUGCGAUUUCGAUGAGUUUUGUAAUGGGAACCAGUCAGACUGUGUGCCUGACACGUUUGUGCGCAAUGGACAAUACUGUGCUAAUGAUAAAGCCUACUGCUAUAAUGGAGCUUGUCGAAGUUUUGAUGAACAGUGUAAAAGAUUACUUGGAGAAGCCUCAAGGCUUCUGAAUACCAGGAUAAAGGAUGUGCGGGCCAGGGGGACCGGCUCUGGAGCGCGGAGGAGUGGGAGGAGGGGACCCCAGGCGUGCGCAGCUGACCCUGGGCAGAGCGGGAGGUCCCCAGCUGCUCCGAGGGCGGGCACCGCGCUGGAGAAGGCGGCCCGGCGGGCCAAUUUGUUAUGUGGAAAAUUAGUUUGUUUAUGGCCAUACAAGAAGUUACUAAGCCGAGAAAAUUACUCCGUGGUUUAUACACAUGUGCGAGAAGAUAUCUGUGUGUCUGUGUUUAAAACCUCUCCACAGCAACCAAACCUCAUCAUAAGAAUUUCUUCACCUGAUCUCAGAGAUGAUACGUUUGUAGACGAUGGCUCCAUGUGUGGACCUGAAAUGUAUUGUGACAGAAUGGCGUGUAGAGAGCGGCGAUUUAUUAUGGACUAUGAAAAGUGUAAUGCUACUAGAGAUUGCAAUGACCAUGGGCAGUGCAACAACUUUGACCACUGCCACUGUGAUGAAGGAUUUGGCCCUCCAGAGUGCAAACCAGCGAGAGGGGGGUUUGGAAGUAUCGAUGAUGGUCACGGUUUCAGAACUAAAUUUGACUAUUUUGAGAGAAGCCAACCUGUUUUCCCCAAAUUCAAGCGUCAACUGGCCUUCUACAUUUCUGUACCAUUGCUUGCCAUCAUUAUUAUUAUUGUUGGUUUAGUAAAGCAGAAUAACAUAGGAGAGCUUUGCUUGAGAAGAGAAACUGAAACCGAUAGGUCAGAAUACAGCAAUAGUAACAGCAAGAUAUCCUCCAUUGAAAGCCACAGUCGGACCACGAUGAACACUGUGCACACUAUUAACCAACAAGAAGACAGUGUCAAAAGUGUCAAAUAG